CCGCCCCUCCUCAGUUAUAUGUUCUGACUCUUGUGCCUUUCUCAGUAAAUGCUCUUGUUCUGUCUUUGUUUUUCAUCUCUCAGGAAAUUGGCACCUUUCAUCUCACCACUGUCUCUGACCUCGAUAAUGACCAUGGACCGGGAUUUCUGCCUCUCUUUGUACCUGUUUUGUGCAUUUCAAGCAGUGCUGACAUUCAAUAUUGAUCCUGUGACCUGGAAAUACUUCACAAGAAACAGUGACGUUGGCUUUGGCUAUAGAAUAAUACAGAGAGAUACAUCUAGUUUGCUUGUGAGUGAUCCUUUAGUACAAAACAGCCAUAACGCAAGAGGACAAGUUUAUAGCUGUGCCAUUUCACAGGAAACUUGCCUGCCAGUGACAAUUAAUGUGCCUUCUGAAGCUGUUAACAUGUCUCUUGGACUUUCUAUGAUUAAGGAUACACAAUCUUUUAAUUCAGUGGUUUGUGGUCCAACCAUUCCUAAGGACUGCAAAGUACUUACCACCCUCAAUGGUAUGUGCUUUAUUAUCAGCAGAAACAAUGCAGUGAGUGCACCUAUUCCAAGUACUUUGAGAAGCUGCCCUCUAGAAAUAGACAUCGCUUUUCUAAUGGACGGCUCUGAGAGUGUGGAAGACGUAGAUUUCGUUAAAAUGAAAACUUUUGUCAUAACAAUAAUACAGAGUUUUUCCAAAUGCAAUUCUCAGUUUGCUGUUGCACAGUUUUCCACUGGUUUUGAAAUUCACUCCAAGUUUGAAGCAGUCAAUGACAUUGAUUCAUGGAGGACAAGAAUAGGAGAGAUUAAACAGCAAAAAGGAAUGACCUACACUGCAAAGGCUAUAAAUAAACUGGUGAAUGAGCUGUUCAUAACUGAAGGAGGGGCGAGGCAAUCAGCAAUUAAAAUCUUAAUCGUUAUCACUGAUGGUAGAUCAAAUGAUGAACCUCAUCUCAGAGGUGCUGUUGAAAAGGCAGAAAAGAAGAAUAUUAUCCGAUUUGCUAUUGGCAUCGGUGAAGCUUUUGAUGAUUCCCGCACAAAGCAGCAGUUACAUGUUAUUGCAUCUGCUCCUGUCGCUGAACACGUGUUUAAUGUGACUGACUUUGAAGCAUUGGAUGGCAUCGUGGACAAGCUGGAAGAAAACAUUGCUAUUGAAGGUGUUCAGUCCACCGGUGAUUCUGCUACAAUGGAGUUUGCUCAGGAUGGAUUUACUGCAGUGUUUACAUCCAAUGUAGACCUGAUCAUGAGUUCUGUGGGUGCUUUCCAGUGGAAGGGUGGAUAUCAGGAACAAUAUCACAAUGGCCAUGCAUCAGACUUUCAUGUGGGAACUGAGCAAGAUAGUUACUUAGGUUAUUCAAUGACAAUAGCAACACGUUCAAAAAAGAAGUUUGUGAUUUUGGGAGCACCAAGAUAUAGGCAUAAAGGACAAGUGAGCAUUUCAAUAAUUGGAAAUAUUGCAACUAACCUGCUUGUGGAUUCACCCAAGCCUCAGAUUGGAUCAUACUUUGGAGCCGAGGUGUGUGUGGUUGAUCUGAACUCUGAUGCAAAAACAGAUCUUCUACUAAUAUCUGCACCAACGUAUGUAGACUCUCAUUCUGAAGGCAGAGUUUUUGUGUACUUUUACUCUCGGCAGCCAUACUUCACUUUUUCUGUGGUGCUGGUAGGAAUGGCGGAUCAGAGAGGUCGGUUUGGCUCUUCUGUGGCCAGUCCAGCAGAUCUGAAUGUUGAUGGUUUUAUGGAUGUGCUGAUUGGAGCUCCUUUAGAGGAGGACGGACAGGGCAGCAUCUACAUCUUUAAUGGAGGAGUAGAUCAAAUAAAUCCCACAUAUUCACAGAGGAUUGCUGGUUCAUCUGUAUGCUCAGGUUUACAGUUUUUUGGACAAGCUCUGAGUCAGUCCUCCCUAGAUCACAGUGGAGACAGUCUACCAGAUAUUGCUGUUGGAUCAAAAGGAGCAGUUUUGCUUCUCAGAACUAGACCCAUAGUGUCUGUGGAUGUCAAGGUAACCUACAGUCCAUCCAAAAUCUCAACCAGUAAAACAAACUGCACCAAGCCGCUGGGAAACACCUUGACAGUAUGCUUCAACAUGAGCGGAUACAAACAUGCUAUAACAGAUUUGGCUGCAAAUGUUAGUUAUACAUUAAAGCUGGAUGCCAAGCGAUAUAACCACCGAGCAUACUUCUUGCCCAAAAGUCAUGUCCUCAGUGAUGCUGUAAAUGUUAAACUAGAUGAGGUGUGCAAAGACCAUCCAUUUCUCAUAGAGGCUUGUACAGAGGAUUAUCUCAACCCACUGCUUAAUGAAUUAAUGUUCAUUUUUGAGGGUCUGCCCUCACAAAGUCUGGAGAACUUACAGCCUGUUCUCUUACCAUGGAUGAAUAACACUACCUUGUGGACGUUAGAUUAUGAGAUGAACUGUGGAUCAGACAACCUUUGUGUUGACAACCUCAAAAUGAACUUCAGCUUUGGAUCUACUAACAUAGAGGUUGGGAUCAUGCAGAAGAUCAAUGUGACAGUGUUUGUAGAAAACAGAGGAGAAAACUCAUACAACACUCACUUCUUCCUCAGUUACCCCUAUGGACUUUCCUACAGGAGAAUUAUGCCUCGAGUGGGCAGAGUGAAUUGCCAUGCUAAAGAUGGCAUGCGAGGAAUAUCAUCAGGGGAGACCACCUGUCAGAUCAACAAACCUCUAUUCACAGGAAAUGCUUCAGCUGUGUUUGACAUUAUUUACAGUAUUAAUAAAGAAAGGUAUUUUGACCAAAAGGUGACAUUCAGUGCAUCUGUUACCAGUGGCAAUAUGAUUCACUCGGAAAACAGUGAACUGGUAAAAACGAGAAACAUCAGUGUAAAACAUGCUAUCUAUGUUACCAUGUUGAGACAUACAGAUGCCAGCAUUUACAUAAAUUUCACCAGUGGGAAGAAUAAUCUUGAAAAAACUGUGAAACAGAUAUUGGAGGUGAAGAAUGAGUUUAGAGAGCUAAAUGUAACAGUUUUCAUUAGAGUACCUGUAAAACUGGGAGCCGAAAACAUCUGGACUAAUAAAAACUUGCAGAUUCCAGAUUGCUUCAGGGAAAGAGAUGAGUGGCCCACUUCCACUGCUUUUCUGAAAGUGCUCGAAAAGACAAAUAUCUUGAACUGCUCUGUGGCGGUGUGUGCAGUCUUCAGAUGCGAUGUGAAUCUGAUGAGAAAUGAAAGGAAGUUCUAUAAAAUUUCUGGCAAUGUGAGCUCUGGAUGGAUUGAGCAGAUUGGGAUUAGGUCUGCAUCUUUUCAGUUGGUCAGUACAGCAUCUCUGGAUUAUGAUGAGGACAAAUAUAUUUACUUUGCCGAUUCCCUCAGCUCUGUUCCAGUUUGCGAGUUAAACACUCAGGUGGAGGUUUAUGAGGAACCCAGCAUCCUAAAGGAGGUCAUUGUAGGAGUUAUUGGAGGACUGAUGAUUAUCUCACUCAUCACAGCUGUUCUCUAUAAGUCUGGCUUUUUCAAAAGAAAGGCCAAGCAGCAGAUAAAGGAUCCAGCACAAGAAGCUGAUGAAGUGGAUAAUCUAAAUGAAAUUUAAUGCAGAAUUGAUUAAUUACUUCUAUUUGUGUUUUUUUUUAUUUUUUUUACUUGUAGUACUUCCAUCAAAUCUGACAGAUGUUCAAACAACAACUCACUCCCUGGAAGCUUUUAAAUUGCUUAAUAAAAGGAUCACAAAACUAUGGUCCCCCAAACAUUACACACACGAAAAUAGACAGAUAUCUCAUGGCCACAAAUUUUUCUUUUAGUAAAUCAUGAUCACCUUGUGCCUUGUGUACUAAUUUAUGUCCUUGUUUUGGGUAAAGGAUUUUGAUCAAAUCAAAACAAGAAAACAAAUUAGUUGAAUCAUUUAUUAAAACAAAAGAACAACUUAAGUUGUGUGAAUGCAUUCUUUAAUUGUAAAUAAUGAUUUAUAAUUUGAUAUUUCUUUGUCUUGUGGUUUGCGACGUCCACAAAUGUAAAGAAAAUGGCCUUGUGGAACUGUUGAGGUUUGCUGAUGUAACGGUGACUCGUGAGAAGCGUGAUGGAUCCGAGCUUUAUUGAACACAACAUAGUCAAGACAGGCAGAGUUGAUCUCCAAACAAACAGUAUUACGUAGGGCAAGACAAAAGCAAAAUCCAAAUGAACAGGCAGAAGGUCAAAAUCCAAGUGAGCAGUCCAAAGUAGCAAAAUAAACAGGGCAAUGAAACAAGGCAAAAACUAUGGCAAUGAAACUAGACAAAACUAUGUCAAAGAAACAAGGCAAAACUAUGACAAUGAAACAAAAUAGGGAAAACGCUUGGUAGAGUCCGCACAGGCAAAACAAUACUUCACCAAGCCUGUUUGGUAUAGGCCUCCUUAAAUGGCCACCAAACAGGAAGUAACCAGAGAAGCAGCAGAGGGAGCGGUAACAGUCAGUCAAUGGGUGAAGGCUCCCUCUGCUGGCGUGGCGUUACAGCCGAGUGUUAGCUGCUAGCUUGCUUGCUUUUACUUAAAAUGUGGCUGCUUUCAAUCGAUCUAAACAACAGUCAUCAUUGACUUCUUGGGAAUCACCCACUGUAAAAACAAAGACACCUUGAACUGCAAAGAGAGUUAUUUGAAGACCACCUGAACCACAACGCAGAUGAGUUUUCAUUCCAUACUAUGCACUUUUUUUGGAUCCUUUUCUAACUCUCUAAUUCCACUUGAUAUGAUACUUUUUCU